AAGGAUAUUAAAUUUAAUAAUAAAAUUAUAGGACACAAGAUGACUUUGGUUUUUCACGAAGGAAUAUCUUCAAAAGACGGGAUUAAGACCGAUUGGAUCAUGCAUGAAUAUACAGCGAUUCAUCCUUCCCGGAAUAAAAGAGAUGCCGACGACAACAUGAAGUUGGAUGACUGGGUUAUUUGCCGUAUUCAUAAGAAUGUUUCGAAAUCAAGCAGUGCUAAUAAACGGCGGGCUAAUCUCCUAGAAAAUCAACAACAACAAGAACAAGUUGCGGUACGAGAAAAUCGACAAGAAGAAGAAGAACAAGUUGCGGUACGAGAAAAUCGAGGAGAGGAAGAUGAAGUUGUUGCAUCAGACCGAGUUCGUGAAGUUGUUGAAGCACAUGAUAAUUUGAAUGAUCAAUAUUAUUAUGGGAUUAAUAAUAAUAAUAUUAAUGCGGCCGCAAAUUCAAACGCAAACGCAAACGCAAACGUAAUGGAUAAUUGCAAGGACGACAAGGAAGAAGAGUGGUUGGACGACGAUUUUGUAGACAUUAAUCAACUAUUAAUGUCGAUGGAAGAAGAAGGUUUUAUAAUAGACAUUAAUGCACUAUUAAUGACGAAAGAAGAAGAAGAAUGUUUCCAGGAACGAUUAUCACAAGUUCAGCAACCAAAUCAGCAACCAAAUCAGCAAGGGAGUAUUUAUCAGCAUGCUCCAAAAUGAUAAAGAAGAAAAUACUGAAUCAUUUAAUCUUCUUUAGCGAUCGAUCUGUUUUUAAAGCUAUGUUAGUACUCUGACUACAUGUAUAAAUAAAUGCAACUAGUGAUUAAUUAGUUUUCGAAUAUUAGUUGAUUAGUGAACGAGUUCUUUGUCGCCUGUCGGUAUUAAGUAUUAACAUGCUCAAUCAAAAUAAUAUCAACAUUUAUACACACUGAAAGUAAAAUAAAUAAAUAUGUCAAAUAACGGAUGUUCUUCUUACAUGUUAUUAGGAACCUGAUUUAUCUGUAGCUGGUUUCUUCUUACAUGGCUUCGGCCUUCAAUCGGACAUAUAACACAAAACCUUGGCCGACGACGUAACUAUGAAUCACGUCUCUCUUCAUCACUCUC